AAAAAUGAAUUUUUUAUGAAAUUAAAUAAGUGUCACGUCAGCAUUCCGUUUGGUCAACAGACGGAACCUAACGGAAGGGCGUUAAUCGCACGUUUUAGAAACGUCAGGGACCUUGACCGCACGUUUUAUACACGGGGGGUGCAGAUCGCACAUUUAUGAAACAUCAGGGGCCCAAACUGGAAUUAAGCCAAGCUUGAAAUAGGUCCUCUGAACAUCUUGAAGCUUUAAGUGGCCUUCAGCACGUUCUAAGAUUACAAUGUCUACUACAUGCCUUAUCACUUAACAUAUUCUCAUAAUUGUGAGUUAGCACUUGAGUGACGUUAUCUUUUAACAACCAUAGAACAUCAUGCUUUGUUUCUUGGUGAUUUCCAUCUUCCAACAAGUAGAUGAAAAAAUUGUUUUAGAAUUUGAUCCCUGAGCUUUGACUUUCCAAAAACACGUUGACCAACCAAUAAGAUUCUUCAUAUCAAAUAUGAGUGACAAUGCAAGUCAACUCGCUUCGAUUCAGAGUCGAGUUGGCCUGCUAAAGAAUGUGAGUUGGGAAAGCCAACUAACACCACCUCAUGGCGGGUUGGCUUGUAAAUAAAAAUACCAAUAAAAAAUAAUGUGAUGUAUCAUGUAUAAACAUUAAAAACAAAAUUGGUUUCAUUCAUGAUGGGCUAAAACAGCGAGCCCAAGAACUCAUCCAAACAUGUAGAAAACAGCACUGGGCAGUGAGCAGACAAGCUGGGGCUUUUGGGGUUGUCGGCGUUGACUCCAACGGAUUUUCAGAACAUUUCCGAAAUGGAGAAGGAAGAAGGUCCCGUGUUCUGGUUCGAGACCUCUGGCUCUGUUUGUCACCGACACCACUUUCAAUCCAAUGGUCAACUUUCCGUAAUGCUCGUUGAUGAUUCCAGGCCAUUAUACCAAAAGGUGGCUGGGUCUUUCAUGAAUAAAUUUUUUCCAUCAGGAUAUCCAUACAGUGUAAAUGAAGGCUAUCUCAGAUACACUCAGUUUCGAUCUGUUCAACAUGUUACCAGUGCAGCACUAUCAGUUCUAUCAACUCAGUCAUUGCUAUUUGCUGCAGGGUUGCGGCCCACUCCUGCACAAGCAACUGCUGUUAGCUGGAUUUUAAAGGAUGGAAUGCAACAUGUAGGGAAGCUAAUAUGUAGCAAUUGGGGUGCAAGAAUGGAUUCUGAACCUAAACGUUGGAGACUAAUAGCUGAUGUGCUCUAUGAUUUAGGCACGGGCUUGGAAGUGCUUUCUCCAUUAUGUCCACAUCUUUUUCUUCAAAUGGCAGGCCUAGGAAAUUUUGCAAAGGGGAUGGCAGUUGUUGCAGCAAGGGCAACAAGAUUGCCUAUAUAUUCUUCAUUUGCUAAAGAAGGAAAUCUCAGUGACCUGUUUGCGAAGGGGGAGGCUUUUUCAACACUCUGUAACGUUAUUGGGAUUGGAGUUGGAAUUCAGCUAGCAUCUACUAUCUGUGCAUCAGUGCAGGGAAAGAUGGUUGUAGGUCCUCUCCUUUCAAUUUUACAUAUAUACAGUGUGUCUGAAGAAAUGAGAGCAACACCUAUCAAUACCUUGAAUCCACGAAGAACUGCAAUGAUCGUGACAGAUUUUCUCAAGGCAGGAGUUGUCUCAAGCCCUGCUGAUCUAAGAUAUAGAGAGGAUCUGCUGUUUCGUGUCCGACUCACAGAAGAUGCUGGAAAUGUAAGAGUGGGGAGGGCUUUGCAUGAGGUUAUUAAGCCUUCCAGGCUUCUUGAAUUAGAACAGGUACUUCCAGGGGAGAAGUUUCUCUUAAAUCGUGGGGGUAAAUGCGUCGACAUGGUGUUGGAACAAGAUGCUAGUGGUGAAGAUGCAUUGAGAGGGUGGCUAGUUGCUGCAUAUGCUGCACAAAUUGAGAAUUCCUCUCAUGAGCUCAGUGCUAGUGUCCUGCAUGAGGCUUACAAGAAAAUGACCGGUGUGUUUCCUGUAUUUUUAAAAGAAUUACAGAGCAAAGGGUGGCACACUGAUCGUUUUCUGGAUGGAACUGGGAGCCGCUUUGCAUUCUAGGGUUCAUAGAAAUCCUGUAUUGGUUUGAAAUAUUUUUUCUCCCACUAUAUGAGAGAAGUUUUGAUGUAGUGUGGGUGUAGUGAAUUCAAUUGUUCAUAUUUCUUGAACUUAACUGUAUAUCUUAACUAUUUUUUUAGGAAUCCUAUUUGGUGGGCUAUGAUAUGGCACUGGUGAAAA